CUUGAUGCAGCUGCACCACAAGAGCGACAUAAGCGCUUCUGUCAGCGGCGAGGAAGGAUCGGCUGAGUGGAGUUGCCGCGCUAUUUGGUGAUGAAGUUAUUCUUUGUGGUGUUACCAGCGCUGGCUGCGUUGGCAGCCAGUGUGGUGGCCCUGCCUGCUGAUGAACGCCGGGUGCGGGCGGGAGACUCGGUGGUGUACGUUGGCGCUGUUGUGGAGUAUGAAUCUUACCAUGAAGUGACUGAUGACGGGGAAGAAGGCAUCACGCAGGAGAACGCCGUGUUCCUUGCUCAGUAUGCAGCUCUAGCUAAGGCACAAGGGGCGGAUAUCCUAGUGACUCCUGAGUACGCCAUGCAAAGUUUAUUUGUGGACAAAGAGAACAUCUUUCCCGUGACGCAGUACGUUCCUGACCCGGAGCUCCAUGCGGUGCCCUGUACCCUGACCGACGAAGGGUUAAAUCGUAAGGCCUUGAGGAUCCUGAGCUGUGCCGCCCAAGAAAACGAGCUGUAUCUGGUGGUGGACAUACCGGAGACCAGUCCUUGCAGUCCAGAAGCCGCAGCCCACAAUCCCUUCGCCAACGCCCUGGACACGGCCUACGAGUGUCCCCCUGACGGCCGCAUUUAUUAUAACUCACAAGUCGUCUUCGACCGGAAUGGGACAGUGAUUGCUAGGUACAGGAAGAAGAAUUUGUACCUGGAGCCCUUUUUCAAACCAGGAGUCGAAAGUGAUGAGACCGCCUUAUUUGUGACGGACUUUGGUGUGGUCUUUUCCCUUCAGGUCUGCUUCGACAUCGCGUACUUGCAUCCCGGGCUGUCGAACGUGGUACAGCGCGGGGUGAAGGACGUGGCCAUGAGCACCGCGUGGGUGGACAUCCUGCCCUUCUUUGUGGCACCAUCGGUACAGAAUGGUUGGUCUAGAGCCUUGGGCGUCAACCUCUUGGUAGCCGGUCAUCACCUGCCAGAACUUGCCAAGCUUGGCUCAGGAAUCUUCCGAGGAUUCUCCGACUUGGAUCACACGUACGUCUAUAAUCCUGAAUCAGGCAACAAGCUGAUUGUGUCCGAGGUAGAAACCAUCGCUGCCACCGAUGGAGUGCGAAAGCCAAGAGGCCAGCUCAAGACAGGGUCGACAUCAGAUGAUGCUGUCCUGGUAAAACACGACGGCACUCACGCGGACAAGCAACCUCGCAGGGAACAUUUACUGUAUUAUGACGACAUCAGUAGCUACACAAACGCACCCCUCGCACCCAGUACGUCAGGUGAACCUCAGACUGUGGAUUUGUGUCACAGCGACCAAAUUUGUUGCUCUCUCACCUACACGUCCUCCUCUAGCCUCAAUUACAGUCUGCUGGCUUACAGCGGUCCAAUGUUACAGGGCCAUGGUACUUAUGCCAUGUACAUCCAAGUGUGUGCUGUGGUGUGGUGCAAAACAGUUGAUGUCACCACUUGUAGUCACAUUAGUGAUGGUCUUCCACCACAUGACACAUUUUGGGUCAACAAGAUUUCCGGAUAUUUCGCUUCAGAAUACGUUUAUCCAGUCGCCUUAACUCGUAACCUCACUCUUGUUGAUAACAGUUUGUAUUCAGCCACACGGGACGGAAACCUUUUCACAUUUACCAUGGAGCAAGAAAUUCACAAUUUCAUGUCGGGAGGCCUUUUUGCUCGCUGGUAUGACCGUGAUCCCUCUAGUGAUGACUUCUUUACCUCUGCAUAUGAAAUGAUAACUUCUCUAGUUAUCCGAACGUGGAAUCUUUUCAAGAUGGUAAGAAAUAUAAUAAACUGAAUAUAGCAUAUAAAUAUAUUUUAAUACACACGGAAA